AUGAAACCUAAAGAUAAAAGAAUUGAACUAAUUCGAACAAGAUUUAUAGAUAGGGUGAAUAUCCAUUUAAAAAAACCCAAAAAUGAUAAAGCAUAUAAUAAAUUAGGUAUUUAAAAUAAUUAUAACAAUAGGUUGUAUUAAGCUGUUUUAGGAGGGAUUAAAGUGCUACAAUAGUGUGAUAUAGCCAAAAAAUAAAGCAACUUAAAAUUGA